CCUCGAACACACAAGUGUCUCUCUUUGCUUUCUCGGUUCUUUCCUCUCUCUCUCUCUCUCUCUCUCUCUCUGCAAUUUAUCCAGUUUCUUUGGCUCUCACUGUGAGAUCGAAAUGGCGAGAACGAAGCAAACCGCAAGAAAAUCCACCGGAGGAAAAGCUCCCCGUAAGCAGCUCGCAACCAAGGCGGCUCGUAAAUCUGCCCCAGCGACCGGAGGAGUGAAGAAGCCUCACAGAUUCAGGCCUGGAACAGUUGCGCUUCGUGAGAUAAGAAAGUAUCAGAAGAGUACUGAGUUGCUGAUCCGUAAGCUACCCUUUCAACGUCUGGUUCGCGAGAUCGCUCAGGAUUUCAAGACCGAUCUCCGAUUCCAGAGCAGUGCUGUCUCUGCUCUCCAGGAGGCCGCUGAGGCAUACCUUGUGGGUCUAUUUGAGGAUACUAAUCUCUGCGCUAUUCAUGCUAAGAGGGUCACUAUUAUGCCUAAGGAUAUCCAGCUUGCUCGUAGGAUUCGCGGUGAAAGGGCUUAGUCCUGAUGCUAUUGUAGUGGUGUAAAUUUGUAGGUCUUUGGGGUUGAAAUGGUUAAUGUUUUGGGUUUCUUAGCUUGUGAGUUUUGAAGUUGGGGGCAGUGGAUGCAUCUAUGAAGCAAAUUAUGAGCAAUGAAAAUAUCUAGUUUUCUACCUAA